AUGGUUUCCAUUUCUUACCCUUUUUUGAUUUCUCUCGCCGCCGCGUUGGUGGUCAGAGACCAAGCUCCCAAACCACUUUCGUUCACCUUGAACAAGCAAGCCAAGAAGGAAGAUCCCAAACACCCUGGUUUGGGCAAUCCCAAGGCCGGCACCACCAACACUGCCAACGCUGCCACCAGUGACCCUGACGUCAAGCUCUUUGCCGACGGGGACACCUACUUGAUCAACUUGUCGCUCAUCGACCAGAACCAAGAGUUGCAAUUGGUGUUGGACACGGGCUCCGCCGACUUGUGGGUCGACGCCAAGAAGUUGAAGACGACCUCGGGCUUCACCAAGAACGGGGUACCGUUUGACAUUGCCUACGGUGACCUGUCGACGGUGCGGGGUGACUUUGGCACCUCGUCGGUGUGGCUUGACAACGGCGUCGAAGUGUCCGAUUUGCAAUGGGCGUUGGCCACCGACGUCGAGUUGACUGAUGGCAUCCAAAACGGUAUUCUCGGGAUCGGCAAGGAGAGGAACGAAGCCCCCGCCCAGGAGUACAGCCUCCCCUACGCCAACUUCCCGCAAAAGUUGAAGGACGAAGGGUUCAUCACCUCCAACUCGUACUCGUACUACUUGAACAAGCUUGGCACCGCCACGGGUACCAUUACCUUCGGUGGUCGUGAUCUCGCCAAGGUGAGUGGUCCCGUGGCCACCAUCACCCCCAGCACCAGUGACAACGACUCCCCCUACGACUCGAUCUCGUACUCGAAGAUUUCGACGUCGGACGGCGGCUCCGCCGGCGGGUCCGAGGCGAUCUUGGACACCGGUACCACGUUGACCUACCUCCCUUACGACACUAUCAACGCGUUGAAGGUGCCUGGGGUCACGUACGACGUGUCCUCCGACACCUACUACAUCCAGCCCAACGCGCCCUCGGACAAGUACGUGUCGUUCUUCUUCGGCCUGACCGAAAUCAAGACGUCGUACGCCGACUUGGCCAUCGCCGAGACCGACAACAACGGCGUCCCCACCGGCCGCUACUACUUCGGGAUCCAAGGAACGCUGGGCGACCCUUACAUCUUGGGCGACACCUUCUUGCGCAGUGCCUACGUCACCGUCAACCACGACAAGAACCAGGUGUUGAUUUCGGCCGUCAACUAUACUGACACCGAAAACAUCGUGUCGAUCUAG